AGAUCCCAGAGGUCCGCGCGGAUCCUCGAAAGCCUGUGCUGACAGUGGAGGCACACGCCAAGAAAAACCCUGCAUGCCUCCAGGGUGCCCUGGGUUUCUUGGGUUUCGGUGGUGUUGCUGUGGGAAGCGCGACGUUCCGGCGCCAAAAAUCCAUGGACGUCCUGGGGUCUCAGGGUUGGGUUUCUUGUGGAAGGUUUCUUGUGGACUGGCCUCCGCUGCAUGCCGUUUUCUCUCCUUCUGCGAUCCCAUCCCCGGACUCCCGAAGCCGAGCAGCAAGCACGUCAUCACGGGGAACCCGUUGUACCCGCCGUGGCCAGCGGGGAUGGAGGAGGCCAUGUUCGGCAUGGGCUGCUUCUGGUGCUCCGAGAACAUCUUCAUGCGGAUGGAGGGGGUGUACUCCACCCAGGUCGGCUACGCCGGCGGCGACAUCCCGAACCCGACGUACGAGGACUGCUGCACCGGCCAGUCUGGGCACAACGAGGUCGUCCGGGUGGUGUUCGACCCCAGCGUGGUAUCCUACGAGGAGUUGCUGAAGAAGUUUUGGGAGAAGCACGACCCGACCACCCUGAACCAGCAGGGCAACGACAGAGGCACGCAGUACCGCUCUGGUAUCUACUAUUACAGUGAGGCCCAGAAGGCUACCGCCGAGAGCACAAAGGCCGCCUACGACAAGGCCCUCUUGGCGGAGGACUGGGGCAGGACCGUAAAGACAGAGAUCGUCCCUGCGCCCGAAUUCUAUUACGCUGAGGACUACCACCAGCAGUACGACGCGAAACCAGGUGCCCGCGGCUAUUGCGGCCUGCGGCCGACUGGCAUCUCGUUUCCGUCGCCCGCUUCGGCCGUGUCGUGAGGUGCUGCGCGGGCCAGCUGGUUGGGGCCUACCGUCGUUUUCGGACGCGAGGAUGAAGAGGAGGCACACAUUCCGUGAGCGGAUGGUCACUUCGCUGCCCUGAAGUGCUUUGGUAGCGCAGGGCAUCACAGAUAUUCGAUUUUCGCGCCGUUCAUGCACCUGCCGCGGCGCCCCUCCACCCCCCCGAAAAUGCAACUCCGAUCCUUCAAUGUAUUCUUGUUGUCCCGCGCGGACAGGCAAACGGCCGAUCACGAUUGGCUGGUGGCUGCCAGAAACUCCGUAUUUCCCA